AUCGCAUUGCGUGGUAACAGUGAUGUUGCUAAUUGAAGCGCAUGCGAGUCCUCUUGACGUACUGGAGUUGCGUCCCGCAGUGUUUUUGGUUGGACCCUGCCAAGACCGAGGCGGUCGCGUAUGUCGAAGCCUCGCGAGCUUAAAGAUUGAGCACAUCAACUCUCAGAAACAUGCCUCUUCGCCCGUUCCCUCAUCCUUUCCGCAUUGGCACAGAUCUCUGCCAUGUCAAGCGUAUUGCUCAAAUAAUCAAAGCGAAGGAAAACGGCAACGCAGGCCGGCCCUUAGAACAAUUUCUGUCAAAGAUCCUGACGCAUCCUGAACGUGCCUACUUCCGUCGGCGAUUUGGGAGUAAUCAGGCCGUUUCCCGUAAUCUUCAAAAUGUUUCACAUUUUCUCGCGGGCAGAUUCGCAGCAAAGGAGGCAUGCCGAAAAGCCUGUGAUCACCUAGAUAAGAAUACGAGAGGGUUCCAGCAUAUCGUCAUCCUCCCGGUCAAUGGCGCUGGACAGCAGGAGCAUCAAAGUCAAAGACCGGAAGGUCUCAUCCUACACGAAGCAUUGCGCGAAGCCGAAGACGCAGAGGCGGCUGAGGAGGCGCCUUUCGAUGUAACGACCCUGGACGGCCAAAUGUGCGAGAUCAGCAUAUCUCACGACGGCGACUAUGCACAUGCAGUCGCGCUUGUGCCUAGCAUGAAGCACAGCGGUUCCAGCGCUGGGGUGGCGUCUGCGACACGUGUAUCGGCACAGGGUCAAGUGGCGUCCUUUCCUAACAUUUCUAUAAGGUUGUCGUAAAUGCAAGUCACACAGUACUAUACAUGGUACAGACAGGGGUUGAAAUAAAGUCACAUUUGUAGAGGCUUCAGGGGGAUAUCUUUGCAAGUGUUGACAUCUACAACAUAGUGUCAAUCACUUGACUUAACAAGUGUUGGGUAUCACUAGCAUUUUACAGAAAUGUCGACAGCUUACCAGCACUGGAUCGUUCAUUUACGCCGAAUGCUUGGAAAGAAAGUCAUCGAGAAAAUCAUGCCACCGGACGGGCAGCUCCAUUUGAUCGACACCAAUGC